GCUGCGAUAAGACCGUCCUCUAAACCCUUAACAUUCAAAAGAGUUCCAAUUCUUCUCGGAGAGGAUCAAAGGGACAGGUCACCGCCCCCGCGAUAGCCGCUCGAUCGAUCGAUCGAUCGAUCCAUCCCAAUGGCGCACUAUCCAAUCCUCAAUCUAGGCCUUCUCGGAAAGCUUAGAAUCCACUUCAUCCUUGCGCUCGUCCAGGUCGGCUACGCAGGAUUCCAGCUCCUCACGAAGAUCGCCUUCGAGCAAGGAUUGAACAAGACGACCUAUCCGGUCUAUCGGAAUGUCAUCGGAUUUGCGGUGAUCCUCCCUGUUGCCGCCUUCUUGGAGAGGAAGGAGAGGCCGCAGCUCCGAUUCACGCAUUUGAUCCAUUUCUUCUUCCUGGGAAUCACAGCCGUUGCUCUUGGCCAGGGAUUGUUCCUUUAUGGACUCGCCGACACAACUCCCACGUUUGCUUCCGCGUUCCAAAAUUCCAUCCCAGCUGUUACCUUCGCUAUGGCAGCGAUCUCCGGCGUUGAAGACGUCAAUCUAUCGCGAAGAGAUGGUCAGGCCAAGCUCUUCGGCGCAAUCUGUGCAGGAGCUGGAGCUACCUUGAUGACUGCUUACAAAGGCCCUCUUCUUUUCAACCAUCUUCACCAUAGCGCUGCCAGCACAGAAGCAGCGAAAUCGAUCCAAGCAACACCGAUUCUCACCUUGAGUGUCUGGCGACUGGGAUCGCUUUACCUUCUCAUCAGCUGCCUGGCAUUCGGCGUGUUCUACGUACUACAGGCCAGGACGCUCAGAAUGUAUCCAGCCAGAUACUCGACAGUAUGUUUCACCAAUUUCUUUGGAGCGAUUCAACUCUCGGUCUUCGCGGUGGCAAGCCAGCCAUCGCUCUCGAUCUGGAAGAUCACCCCAGGAAUUCAGCUCACGAGUGUUCUUUACGCGGGAUUUGUGGCAUCGGGGCUAGUUUUCUCCGCUCAAGCGUGGUGUAUGCAACAGGCCGGGCCCGUCAUAGUGUCGGCGUAUCAGCCCCUCCAGACAGUAGUGGUGGGAUUCGUAGCGCUGGUUUUCCUGGGCGAGCCCUUUUACUUGGGGAGUUUGCUCGGCGCGAUCCUCAUCAUUUGUGGACUAUACAUGGUGACCUGGGGCCAAGAACAGCAACAGGAGCACGUCACGCGAUUGCAGCGUCGGCAGAGUGACAUCGGUGAGAGUGAUCCAAGCAAAAUGGAGGAGGGCUCUUUGCUACACCGCCCACUGCUACACGACGAAGAGAAGCCGCAAGAGCAACGUAACAGCGGAUCAAUCUAGAGGACGAGACAAAGGAAACCACGCACGCCUCUCCAAUCCUGUCAUCGAACUAUACGCGCAAGAUCGUAGAAAGUUUGUACAAAUUCGAUUGUAAGUUUUCCGGGAGCCUUACGUGAUUCUUCCGUGAACUUCGGCCGGAAGAACAGGGAAUGAUAUUGAAUUACUUUCCAGGCACACCACUUUGUGCUUA